AUGGCGGAGGCGGAGGCCGGCGGCGACGAAGUCCGCUGCGUGCGGCUGAGCGCCGAGCGGGCCAAGUUGCUGCUGGCCGACGUGGACACGCUGCUGUUCGACUGCGAUGGCGUGCUGUGGCGCGGCGAGACGGCCGUGCCCGGCGCGCCGGAGACUCUGCGGGCGCUGCGGGCCCGCGGCAAGCGACUGGGCUUCAUCACCAACAACAGCAGCAAGACUCGCACGGCCUACGCGGAGAAGCUAAGGCGCUUGGGUUUCGGCGGCCCGGUGGGGCCCGAAGCAGGCCUCGAGGUCUUCGGCACGGCCUACUGCAGCGCGCUCUAUCUGCGCCAACGCCUGGCCGGCGUGCCGGACCCCAAGGCCUACGUGCUGGGCAGCCCGGCCUUAGCCGCCGAGCUGGAGGCCGUGGGUGUCACUAGCGUGGGCGUGGGCCCGGACGUGCUUCACGGCGAUGGCCCAAGCGACUGGCUAGCCGUGCCGCUCGAACCCGACGUGCGCGCGGUAGUGGUGGGCUUCGACCCACACUUCAGCUACAUGAAGCUCACCAAGGCCGUGCGGUACCUACAGCAGCCCGACUGUCUGCUCGUGGGCACCAACAUGGACAACCGGCUCCCGCUAGAGAAUGGCCGUUUCAUUGCGGGUACCGGCUGUCUGGUGCGAGCCGUGGAGAUGGCCGCCCAGCGCCAGGCGGACAUCAUCGGGAAACCUAGCCGCUUCAUCUUCGACUGCGUGUCCCAGGAGUAUGGUAUCAACCCGGAGCGCACCGUCAUGGUGGGAGACCGCCUGGACACAGACAUCCUCCUGGGCUCCACCUGUAGCCUGAAGACUAUCCUGACCCUCACCGGAGUCUCCAGUCUUGAGGAUGUGAAGAGCAAUCAGGAAAGUGACUGCAUGUUCAAGAAGAAAAUGGUCCCUGACUUCUAUGUUGACAGCAUAGCCGACCUCUUGCCUGCCCUUCAAGGUUAAAGAUCUAGUGUCUUUAAUCUCUGGAAUAAAAAAAAAAAAGUAAAAAUCAGCUACCUAAAUUAAUAGAUGGGGCUUAGGAAUUGCUCAGUUAGGUGGCUGCAGGUUAACUGAAGCUAAUAAGCAAAGGCAGUAGUUAAUCUUGUAAGUAAACGUUGGGGGGGUUGUUUACAGAGAAUUAUAUUUUAAGAUGCACUUUUAAGCUUGGAAGGCAUUAUGGGGUGGGCAUAUCACGUGCCCAACAUUCAGGUAACCUCAGGCCCUGUUGCUGAGACUGAAAUGUAAUCAGGUAUCAGGCCCUAAGAUGGGCAGAGAGUAAAAAAAGGGCUCUUAAGUGACACGAAAACCAAAAACUGGGGUUUCUCCUAAUGUGAUCAUGCAGCAGAGGUGCCUGAUACUGCAUCCCGGUUCCUCACCUGCGGGGUGGUCCUGCAGGGAGCCGCUCCCAGGUGGGGGCACUCUGUUGGGGUUUGGAUGCUGCCCUUGACAACCUCCGCUCACUCUGCUUCAUUGAAAACCACUUUGACAUCACAAUUGUCUGUUCUGUUUCAGAGCCCAGCACUACAGACCCUCAUGCACAGUAGCAGCCCAGCUAAACUUUGACUGUCUUGUGUGAACUUAAACCCAGGUGUCUUAAGUGUGGCCUGCUGAGCAGCCAAGUGGGUAUGGAAUGCCUGGCCUGAACUCCAUGCUGCUCCACAGGGAGCUCAGAACAGUGUUGAUUUUUUUUUUUUUCAAACUAGUGAACGACAUUGUCAAGUGUGGAACUGGAUCUUAACUGUGUGGAUUAAUCGUUGUGCUCUGUCUCAAGGGUAAACCCUGCUGAAAAGAUCUCACAGCCCAGUCAGCAGCAUAGCCAAUGUCCAAGCCAGGGAUUGUCUUUUUUCCCAGUGUCCUCUAGGUAGAAGUUAAGUCUCUAAGCCCCUCUUGUCCAGGUCCCUUUCAGUUCUGGAUGGGUUAAGUGUUGGUGCUCCUUGGAACCACCUAUCUCUAAUCUUGAACUUCCUUGUUGGUGGUCAGCCAUAAGGCCUACCAACCAGUUGGCUUCUCAACAUCUCUGGCCUUUUCCUCUGCUCUUAAAGUCCCUGACCUUUAGCAGUAUGCUGAGCAGACUGGGAAGCAUUCAUGGGCCACACCCGGGAAGUUGUUCCCUUUGGCUGACUCCUUUCUGGCACUUUGCCCUGUACCAAGUGGCUACUCAUGGCCACAGCACUUCACCUGUUCUCCAAAUUCUAGAGCAAUAAAGAUAUCCCAUGCCCUAAGCUGCUCAGAGGUCAGGGGUGGGAAUAGAAUGGUGCCAUAGAUGAACACAAUGGCAGUAGUGCCUGUGACAUUGGUGGUGCUGAUUCUCUGUGAGUCUGGAUAAUGACCAGGCUUGGCAGAUGGUCAGCCAGGGAUGCCCUACUCUGGGCAGACACUGGAAAACCUGUGUGUGUGACAUUUCCAGCUUGUCUCAUUGUGUGAUCUCGAAUGCACAUUAAACUCUCAAACCCACAA